AUCUUUUUACUUACCACGAUGACGCUCAUUCUUUCAGUCAACACAGGCUCUUCUUCCCUCAAGAUUUCACUAUAUAAGUCUGCCCCUCAGAUUUCUCUCCUUCUCUCCUCGUCCACCUCGUCCAUCUCUUCUCCCAAAACAGCGUUCUCCCUCAAGUCAUCCUCAGAGAACAUCGAUACUAUCAACUUGACUGAUGUACAACAAAUCAAUGACCAUACUUCCGCAUUCACGUAUUUCCUCGAUAGCUUAAAGCAUCAGGUUGGUAUAGACAUAAACCAUAUCUCUCAUGUCUGCCACAGAGUCGUGCAUGGCGGUGAUUUUUCUAACCCAGUCGUCAUUGGAGAUCAGUCGUACCAUCAUAUAGAAGAGCUUUCGGAUCUGGCACCUUUACACAAUGGGGCAGCGUUAUCUGUCAUCAAAGCAGCUGUAUCUGCGCUUCCACAUGCGAAAUCAAUUGCAUUUUUUGACUCUGCAUUCCACGUGAACCUUCCCGCCCAUGUAUCAACCUAUGCGAUAGAUCAGGCUGUAGCCACAAAACGUGGCCUCAGAAAAUACGGCUUCCACGGCCUGAGCUAUGCUUUUGUCCUCCGGUCCGUCGCAAACUAUCUGAACAAGCCACCUUCUCAAGUUAAUAUAAUAACUCUUCACCUUGGAUCGGGUGCAUCUGCCUGCGCAAUCAGGGAUGGGUGUUCUGUGGACACUUCAAUGGGUCUCACUCCCCUUAGCGGUCUGCCAGGAGCUACGCGUGCGGGUGACAUCGAUCCUAGCCUCAUCUUUCACUACUUUUCCGACCCUCCUCACACUGCUGCGCGCAUGUCCCACGAUCCCAAUCUCGCAAGGGAUGUGCACGUCACAGAGGCAGAAGAUGUACUCAACACGAAAGCAGGAUGGAAAGCACUGACGGGAACCGCUGAUUUUGGGGAUGUCGUGGAACAGAUAAGAAGAGGGGACAACGACAAGUGCAAACUUGCUUUCGACUUGUUUGUGGAUAGAAUCCUCCAUUAUGUCGGUGCAUAUUUUCUGACCUUGCGCGGGAACGUUGAUGCCUUGGUUUUUACUGGUGGGAUUGGGGAGCGGUGUUCAGAGCUAAGAGAAGCUGUUGCAUGUGCUAUACAAUGUCUCGGAUUCGUGGAAAUCGACAAGGAAAAGAACGCCAAUAUCGAUGAAAAUCAAGUGGUUUGCGAUAUAGGCUCAUGCGUUAUAGGCUCGGGACCCGAAAAAAGGUUGAUUGUAUGCCAUACAGAUGAACAAUUUGAAAUGGCUAGGCAAUGUGUCGUGGAGAAAAUUCUCUGAGGACAAAAUGAGAGUAAGAGGCGCAGUAUACUUGAUGGGAUAAACAAAGUUCAAAAGUACAUGGAGAACUUUUGAGCACAUACCCGGAAAAGCCUGGUAUGAUGAUCAACACUUUGAUUAAAACAACAAAUGUAUAAUAGGGAGGUUGGGAGAAAAGAGUAUAUUUUCAUAUUUUCAUAUUUGUUUGCUAGAAUAGCAGAGAACUAGCAGUCUUGGACCAGUAUGAGUAGGAUCAAGAAUUGUUACAAGCUACCAUAUGCUAGUGUACAUGCUUUCUCAUUUGGGAAGCAUUCACACUUACUGAUUGUAACUCGCAUCAAAGAAAGCGUGAUCAUGCUCAUCCGCUGAGGUCAAUCAUGCGAGUCAAUUUCUUUAGGUCCAUACUAGGCUUUCGUGGUUCGAUGCGGCAAGGAAAUUGCUGUGGGUGACUGCAAAAAUGAAAACAAUUAGUACGUGUACUUCUAACAUAACAAAAAAAAAGAAGGAAAAU